AUGCGUCUCACCUUCAUUCUGUUGUUGAUUGCGUCCGCCUUCGUUUCAUCUGUCAGCGCUCUGCCCGUUGCGGCUGGUGCUGAAACGAGGUCGCUAAGAUCAGCUAUGAGUACUGUCGAUGACCACGUAGCUGGCGAAGAACGCGGUGGCUUCACGUACAACUUUAAUUUCGGCAUUUUCGAGCGUUUGCCUUCACAGUUCAAGAGAAUGAAAAAGGAGCCUGAACACCUGAGGUCCAUCUUUAAUAGCUGGAAAUCUGGAAUGCGUUCUUCUGAUGAAGCUGCUGCGUACAUGAGGUCUCAAGGUAUGAGUGAGGAUGCGAUCGAACAGUUCACGAAUGCGUAUAAAGCGUAUCUCAGUCAUCAAGGAUAA